AAAGACUUUUUAAAAACAUGGGAAAAUGUUUCUGAUAAAAUGGUAAGAGAAGAGAAGAUGCAAAAGGCUAUACAGAUUCUUAGGUUUAAGAAAUGUAAAAUUAUGUGUGUACACAGAUGGAAAAAAAGACCAGUAGGUUAUAGAUGGUAGGAGUGUUUAUCAUUUCAUAAGGGAAUUAUCAGAUAUUUUAUUCUUUCUUUUUCUUCAUCUUUUUUUUAAACUUUCUAGAAAAUAUGUUACUGUAACCAGGAUAAAAAGCUAUUAAGAAUAUAAUUUAGAGGAGAGGGAGACAUGACAGCUAAGUGUAAUGAGGGACAGAAAAAGGACAUUAGUGCAGAAACUGGGGAAAUCAGAUUAAAGUCUGUAGUUAAUGUAUUGUAGCAUUGUGAAUUUUCUAGUUGUGUAUCAGUGUUAACAUUAGGGAAAGCUGUGUGAAAGUGAUAUGAGAACUCUACACUAUCUUUGCAACUCUUCUGCAAGUCUAAAAUUAUAUCAAAAAGUAAAAAAAUACAAUCGAGUAUUAAUAGGAUUAUAAAUUUCUUGAGGACAGAGAAUGGGUCUUGUUCACCAUGGCAUACCUUGGGCUGAAUCAGGCGUAAGUAGAUGCUUAUUAAAUAUUGGGUUGGCCAAGAAGUUUGUUCAGUUUUUUCCAUAAGAUGGCUCUAGUAGUGCUUAGUUGUCUUUUAACUUCAUUCGAAACAAUUUGGUUAGAUUGUAUUGUGACAGCUGUCAUAUCAGCGUACAUUAAAAAAAAAAAAAACCAAACAUCAAAAUUGGUGAAUUUUUGUGUAGCCAUUUUAAUAUUGAAGAUGGAAGAAAAAAGCAACAUUUUCUGCAUAUUAUGUUUUACUAUUUCAAGGAAGGUAAAAAUAUGACUGAAACACAAAAAAAGGAUUUGUGCAGUGUAUGGAGAAGGUGCUGUGACUGAUCAAAUGUGUCAAAAGUGGUUUGCGAAGUUUCGUGCUGGAGAGUUCUCGUUGGAUGAUGCUCCACAGUCGGGUAGACCAGUUGAAGUUGAUAGCGAAAAGAUUGAGACAUUAAUUGAGAAUAGUCAACGUUAUACCAUGGGGGAGAUAGCUGACAUACUCAAAAUAUCCAAAUCAAGCGUUAAAAAGUCAUUUGCACCAGCUUGGUUAUGUUAAUCGCUUGGAUGUUUGGGUUCCACAUAAGUUGAGCGAAAGAAACCUUGACCGUAUUUCCACAUGCGAUUCUCUACUUAAACGUAACAAAAACGUUCUGUUUUUGAAGCAAACUGUGAUGGGCGAUGAAAAGUGGAUACUGUACAAUAAUGUGGAACAGAAGAGGUCGUGGGGCAAGCGAAAUGAACCACCAACAACCACACGAAAGGCCGGUCUUCAUCCAAAGAAGGUGAUGUUGUGUAUAUGGUGGGAUUGGAAGGAAGUCCUCUAUAAUGAGCUCCUUCCAGAAAGCCAAACGAUUAAUUCCAACAAGUAUUGCUCCCAGUUAGACCAACUGAAAGCAGCACUCCAUGAAAAGCGUCCGGAAUUAGUCAACAGAAAACGCAUAAUCUUCCAUCAGGAUAACACAAAUCUCAUAUUUCUUUGAUGACCAGGCAAAAACUGUUACAGCUUGGCUGGGAAGCUCUGAUUCAUCCACCGUAUUCACCAGACUUUGCGCCUUCAGAUUUCCAUUUAUUUCAGUCUUUAAAAAAUUCUCUUAAUGGAAAAAAAUUCAAUUCCCUGGAAGACUAUAAAAGGUACCUGGAACAGUUCUUUGCUCAAAAAGAUUAAAAGUUUUGGGAAGAUGGAAUUAUGAAGUUUCUUGAAAAAUGGCAGAAGGGUUUUGGUUUUUGCACUGAAUGUAGUCUAAACUCAUCUUCACGGGCUCGUGUUGCCCCAGGAUACUGUCAAAGGCAGUAUUUGUGUGUUUCUGCAGAGUUUUGCACAGAGUCUGUUCCCAUGCAGACCAAUGAGGGAGAAGUAUCGGAAGAAAGCGGUUCCAAGGUGGAACAGGAGGAUUUUGUAAUGGAAGGUCAUGGCAAGACUCCACCUCCUGGUGAAGAAAGCAAACAAGAGAAGGAGCAAGAAAGGGAAGAACAGUUAAUGGAAGACAAGAAAAGGAAGAAAGAGGAUAAAAAGAAAAAAGAAGCCACUCAGAAGGUCACGGAACAAAAAACCAAAGUGCCCGAAGUGACGAAACCAAGUUUAAGCCAACCAACGGCCGCCAGCCCGAUUGGCAGCUCUCCAUCGCCACCAGUCAAUGGUGGCAACAAUGCCAAAAGGGUGGCAGUGCCGAACGGACAACCGCCAAGCGCCGCCCGCUACAUGCCUCGGGAGGUGCCGCCGCGAUUCCGUUGCCAGCAGGACCACAAAGUGUUACUAAAACGUGGGCAGCCUCCUCCACCGUCCUGCAUGCUCCUCGGGGGCGGGGCGGGGCCUCCUCCCUCCGCAGCGCCCGGAGCAAACCCCAACGCACAAGUGACAGGAGCGCUGCUGCAGAACGAGGGUGGGACCGCACCAGAGUCAGCCCUUGGAGGUGCUGCUGCUUCACAUUAUGCAAAUCCCACUUGGGGCCCGGGAGCCUCCUCCAACAACGGCGCCUCCCCCAACCCUAUUCACAUCUGGGACAAGGUGAUUGUAGACGGGUCUGACAUGGAAGAGUGGCCUUGCAUUGCCAGCAAAGACACUGAGUCUUCUUCCGAAAACACCACCGAUAACAACAGUGCCUCGAACCCUGGCUCUGAGAAGAGCACUCUGCCAGGAAGCACCACUAGUAACAAAGGAAAAGGGAGCCAGUGCCAGUCUGCAAGUUCUGGGAACGAAUGUAAUCUUGGGGUCUGGAAAUCUGACCCUAAGGCUAAAUCUGUUCAAUCUUCCAACUCUACUACAGAGAGCAACAAUGGACUAGGAAAUUGGAGGAAUGUGAGCGGUCAGGAUAGAAUUGGACCUGGCUCUGGCUUCAGCAACUUUAACCCAAAUAGCAACCCAUCUGCCUGGCCAGCGCUGGUCCAAGAAGGAAAUUCUAGGAAAGGGGCAUUGGAAACGGAUACUAGUAAUUCCAGUGCACAGGUUAGCACAGUAGGUCAGGCAUCCAGGGAACAGCAGUCAAAGAUGGAAAAUGCGGGUGUUAAUUUUGUUGUCUCUGGCAGAGAACAGGCUCAAAUUCAUAACACUGAUGGACCAAAAAAUGGAAACACUAACUCCUUGAACUUAAGUUCACCAAACCCCAUGGAGAAUAAGGGAAUGCCCUUCGGAAUGGGCUUGGGGAACACCUCCAGGAGCACUGAUGCCCCUUCACAAAGCACUGGAGAUCGAAAGACUGGGAGUGUUGGAUCUUGGAGUGCAGCUAGGGGGCCUUCUGGAACUGACACAGCCUCUGGACAGAGCAAUUCUGGAAACAAUGGGAACAAUGGAAAGGAUAGAGAGGACUCCUGGAAAGGAGCUCCUGUUCAGAAGUCAACCGGGUCAAAAAAUGACUCUUGGGACAACAAUAACAGGUCUACGGGUGGGUCCUGGAACUUUGGCCCUCAGGACUCUAAUGACAACAAAUGGGGUGAAGGGAACAAAAUGACAUCUGGGGUCUCUCAGGGAGAAUGGAAACAGCCGACUGGGUCUGAUGAGUUGAAAAUUGGAGAAUGGAGUGGUCCAAACCAACCAAAUUCUAGCACUGGAGCAUGGGACAAUCAAAAGGGCCACCCCCUCCCUGAAAACCAAGGCAAUGCCCAGGCUCCCUGUUGGGGACGAUCUUCCAGCUCCACGGGAAGUGAAGUUGGAGGUCAAAGCACUGGAAGCAACCACAAAGCAGGAAGUAGUGACAGUCAUAAUUCUGGCCGUCGGUCGUACAGGCCCACACAUCCGGAUUGCCAGGCUGUCUUGCAGACUCUUUUGAGCCGAACUGAUUUGGACCCCAGGGUGCUCUCAAACACUGGCUGGGGCCAAACUCAAAUCAAGCAGGACACAGUGUGGGAUAUUGAAGAGGUGCCAAGGCCCGAGGGGAAAUCUGACAAAGGAACUGAGGGGUGGGAGAGCGCUGCCACACAGACCAAGAACUCAGGGGGCUGGGGAGAUGCACCCAGCCAAAGCAAUCAAAUGAAGUCUGGAUGGGGGGAGCUCUCAGCCUCUACAGAGUGGAAAGACCCCAAGAACACAGGAGGCUGGAACGACUAUAAGAACAGCAACUCUUCCAGCUGGGGAGGAGGACGACCAGAUGAAAAGACAUCUUCCUCUUGGAAUGAGAAUUCCAGCAAGGAGCAGGGGUGGGGAGGUGGACGCCAGCCCAAUCAAGGAUGGACUUCUGGAAAGAAUGGUUGGGGAGAGGAGGUCGAUCAGGCGAAAAACAGCAAUUGGGAAAGUUCUGCCAGUAAACCUGUGUCUGGGUGGGGUGAAGGAGGGCAGAAUGAAAUCGGAACUUGGGGGAACGGUGGGAAUGCAAGCCUGGCUUCAAAAGGCGGGUGGGAAGAUUGCAAAAGAUCCACAGCCUGGGCAGAGAGCGGCAGACAGCCCAGUUCCUGGAAUAAACAGCACCAACAGCAGCAGCAGGCACCGCAGCCACCGCCACCGCCACCAGAGACUUCUGGUUCCUGGGGAGGCCCAGCCCCACCAGCUCCAGGCAACGGACGACCUUCCAGCUCCAACUGGAGCAGCGGGCCGCAGCCAGUGAACCCGAAGGAUGAGGAGCCCAGUGGCUGGGAAGAGCCAUCCCCACAGUCGAUUAGUCGGAAGAUGGACAUUGACGAUGGCACGUCAGCGUGGGGUGACCCGAACAGUUACAACUAUAAGAACGUGAAUCUGUGGGAUAAGAAUUCCCAGGGGGGCCCAGCACCUCGAGAACCAAACCUGCCUACCCCGAUGACCGCUAAAUCAGCAUCAGUCUGGAGCAAAAGCACACCACCUGCUCCAGAUAAUGGUACUUCAGCUUGGGGUGAGCCAAAUGAAAGCAGUCCUGGGUGGGGUGAAAUGGAUGACACAGGAGCAUCGACCACAGGCUGGGGGACCACACCCUCCAGUGCUCCAAAUGCCAUGAAACCUAAUUCCAAAUCUAUGCAAGACGGCUGGGGGGAGAGUGACGGGCCCGUGACAGGAACUCGCCAUCCCAGCUGGGAAGAGGAGGAGGAUGGAGGAGUCUGGAACACCGCCGGCUCUCAGGGAAGUGCUUCCUCCCACAGUUCGGCAAGCUGGGGACAAGGAGGAAAGAAACAGAUGAAGUGCUCACUGAAAGGAGGAAACAGUGAUUCAUGGAUGAAUCCCCUUGCAAAACAGUUUUCAAAUAUGGGAUUGCUGAGUCAAACUGAAGAUAAUCCAAGUAGCAAAAUGGAUUUGUCUGUAGGGAGCCUUCCAGAUAAAAAAUUUGAUGUGGACAAGCGAGCAAUGAAUCUCGGGGAUUUUAAUGAUAUCAUGAGGAAGGAUCGAUCUGGGUUCCGUCCACCUAAUUCCAAAGACAUGGGAACCACAGAUAGUGGGCCUUAUUUUGAGAAGCUGACUUUGCCUUUCUCCAAUCAAGAUGGGUGCCUUGGGGAUGAGGCUCCCUGCUCUCCCUUCUCCCCUUCUCCCAGCUACAAGCUGUCUCCCUCUGGUUCCACACUACCCAACGUCAGCCUUGGAGCAAUCGGCACAGGGCUCAACCCCCAAAACUUCGCUGCUAGACAAGGUGGCAAUCAUGGUUUGUUUGGAAAUAGCACAGCACAAUCGAGAGGCGUGCACACCCCCGUGCAGCCGCUGAAUUCUUCUCCUAAUCUCCGGGCGCAAGUGCCUCCCCAGUUCAUUUCCCCCCAGGUUUCUGCCUCAAUGCUCAAGCAGUUUCCCAACAGUGGCCUGAAUCCAGGUCUUUUCAAUGUGGGGCCCCAGUUAUCUCCUCAACAAAUUGCCAUGCUGAGCCAGCUUCCACAAAUUCCCCAGUUUCAGUUGGCGUGUCAGCUGCUCCUGCAGCAACAGCAACAGCAGCAGUUGUUACAGAACCAGAGGAAGCUUUCUCAAGCCGUGCGCCAGCAGCAGGAACAGCAGCUGGCUCGAAUGGUGAGCGCCCUGCAGCAGCAGCAGCAGAGGCAGCCCAGCAUGAAGCAUUCGCCGUCUCAUCCCGUUGGGCCCAAGCCGCAUCUGGACAACAUGGUCCCCAACGCUCUAAAUGUGGGGCUCCCAGACCUUCAGACCAAAGGGCCAAUACCUGGAUAUGGUUCUGGCGCUAUAGUGGCCCCUGGUAAGACCCGAGGAGGGUCACCAUACAACCAAUUUGAUAUCAUCCCGGGUGACACACUGGGUGGCCAUACGGGUCCUGCUGGUGAUAGCUGGUUACCUGCCAAAUCUCCACCAACAAAUAAAAUCGGAAGUAAAUCCAGCAAUGCCAGUUGGCCUCCAGAAUUCCAACCAGGAGUGCCAUGGAAAGGUAUCCAAAACAUUGACCCUGAAUCUGACCCCUAUGUCACCCCAGGAAGUGUGCUGGGGGGUACAGCCACAUCUCCCAUUGUAGAUACUGACCACCAACUUCUGCGGGAUAACACCACAGGGUCUAAUUCUUCCCUCAACACCUCGCUGCCUUCACCUGGUGCCUGGCCCUACAGUGCCUCUGACAACUCCUUCAGCAACGUCCAUAGCACUUCAGCAAAGUUCCCUGAUUACAAGUCGACAUGGUCCCCAGAUCCCAUAGGCCACAACCCCACUCAUCUCUCCAACAAGAUGUGGAAAAACCAUAUUUCCUCAAGGAACACUACACCGCUGCCCCGCCCACCUCCCGGUCUGACCAACCCCAAACCGUCAUCUCCCUGGAGCAGCACAGCACCCCGCUCAGUCAGGGGCUGGGGGACACAGGACUCACGGCUUGCCUCUGCCUCCACCUGGAGUGAUGGUGGUUCAGUUCGUCCUAGUUACUGGCUGGUUCUUCACAAUCUCACUCCACAGAUUGAUGGGUCAACCUUGAGAACCAUCUGCAUGCAGCAUGGCCCACUGCUGACAUUCCAUCUGAACCUAACCCAGGGCACUGCCCUGAUCCGAUACAGCACCAAACAGGAGGCGGCCAAGGCCCAAACUGCACUGCACAUGUGUGUGUUGGGAAACACUACCAUCCUGGCUGAGUUUGCCACUGAUGAUGAAGUUAGCCGCUUUCUGGCACAAGCUCAGCCCCCUACCCCUGCGGCAACCCCGAGUGCACCCGCAGCGGGUUGGCAGUCCCUGGAGACCGGCCAGACCCAGUCAGAUCCCGUCGGACCUGCUCUGAAUCUUUUCGGUGGGUCCACAGGGCUCGGGCAAUGGAGCAGCAGUGCUGGUGGCGGCGGCGGGGCCGAUCUUGCUGGCGCUUCAUUGUGGGGACCCCCAAACUAUUCUUCUAGCUUGUGGGGAGUCCCGACCGUGGAAGACCCCCAUAGGAUGGGCAGCCCUGCUCCUUUACUACCUGGUGACCUUCUGGGAGGAGGGUCGGAUUCAAUCUGAACUUAGAACUUUCAACUCUGACCUCGUGACCUUUUUUGGAACAGCAGCAGCACUAACUUGACCUUUUCGUUUUUUUUUUCAACUUGCAAUAAAUACAUUUUUAAAAGGAAAAAAGAAAACGGAGAGAGAAAAAAAGGUGGGUCAUUGACAGACUGUCUGAGCACAUAGUUGCCUCCCUUAUGACUUCAGUUUUUUCGUUUGGAAUAUGAAUCCAAAAAGAGAACAUAUCACUCUUGAAAUACUUGAAUCAUGAACGCCAACCUAGAAAGACAAUGUGAAGCAAGUACACAUACCAUUUAAAUUUAAACACAAAAAAAUUAAAAAAAUUAGUUUCUAGUUUUUCACUUUUUUCAUGUUAUAUGGAAGUUGUUGCUAAGAAACAUAUAUACUGAAAAAAAAAUAGCUUUUUAACUUUGUUUGCACUGGGUGUGUUUCCGUCCUUAGGUCUACCAUGUUUGGGAGGGAGGGGAAUUCAAAAGAAUUGUUGGGGUGGGGGGAGGGAAGACUUGACGGAGCCUCACUUUAAAAACAAAAACACAAAAAACCUA